AUGGAGAGAGUAGCAAGUAGGCAAAUGCCCUUCCCAGCUGUGGUUGCCGCGGUGCUGCUGGAGCUACUAAGUGCAGUGGUGACAGCAGCAGGAUGCAGUACAAGUUGUGGUAACAUCAGCAUCCCCUAUCCAUUCGGCAUCGAGCCUGAUUGCUACCAUGAGGGCUUUAAUCUCACCUGUGACUACUUGUACCGCCCUCCCAAACUUUUCCUUGGCGAUGGCACUGUCGAAGUGCUCGAGAUCUCCAUCCCCAACGGCACGGUUCGCAUCAACAGCACCAAUAUCAUGCCAAUGAGUCAUGAUAUUGACGGUGCAUCCAGGCCCAACACAAGCAGGUACCACACAUGGGGUGGCCUCAGAGAGAGAGGACCGUUCUUUGUUGCGCCAGAUAGGAACAAGUUCCUUGUGUUGUCGUGCAACAACAUCCAAGUCAUCCUCAUGGGAGAGGACAACUCCACCAUCAAUGCCUGCGCCACUUACUGCCCAUCCUUGGGGAACUCAGACGCACAGCCUCAGCUUAUCCGGUAUCUACUUCUGCAUGGUGAAUGCUCGGGCCUUGGCUGCUGUAAUGGAGGCAUCCCAAAAGGUUACACUUCCUACCACAUCCAGCUCCAGCCUUCCAAUGACUCGAGCUCCGAUGCUAAAUCGUCAGUAUAUAUAGCCGAGGAGGGGUCCUAUAACAUCUCAAAACUCAUGUCUGAACCUCGCGGUGUGGCACUUCCUGCCUUGCUAGACUGGGUGAUCAGCAAUUCAUCAUGCCAAAAGCAAAACUCUGUUGCUCCUGGAUGCCGCAGCAGCAACAGCUUUUGUCAAAACUACACAAGCUAUGUCUACAAUGGCUACCAGUGCCGCUGCUCUGCCGGUUAUCGUGGAAACCCUUACAUCCUGGACGGAUGCCAAGAUAUUGAUGAAUGUGUUCAUAAGGAAGCCCACUCAUGCCAUGGAAUUUGCGAAAAUACGCCUGGAACGUUUUACUGCCGCUGCCCUGAUGGGACAUAUGGGAACCCCUCUAUAGAAGGGGGGUGUAUCAAGAUCACAAAUUACUCUGCAGGUUUAAUCAUAGGCAUAGUAAUCAGCGGUGUCUCAAUUUUGCUUCUGGCACUUAGUGCUCCAUUUGUUACACGUAUGGUGAAGCUAAGGAAGGUGAAGAAAAUGAGAGAAAAGUUAUUCAACCAAAAUCAUGGGUUGCUAUUGCAGCAGUUAAUAUCACAAAAGGCAGAUAUUGGUGAAAGGAUGAUGUUUACCUUGGGGGAUAUAGAGAAGGCCACAAACAAUUUUGACAAGUCUCGUGAGGUUGGUGGCGGCGGACAUGGUGUCGUGUAUAAAGGAAUUCUAGACCUACAUGUUGUUGCCAUCAAGAAAUCAAAGAUUGUAGUACAAAGGGAAAUCGAUGAAUUCAUCAAUGAGGUUGCUAUUCUUUCUCAAAUCAACCAUAGAAAUGUGGUGAAGCUCCUGGGAUGCUGCCUUGAGACAGAAGUGCCUCUAUUGGUUUAUGAGUUCAUUUCAAAUGGAACCCUAUACCACCAUCUUCAUGUUGAAGGACCAAAAUCACUAUCAUGGGAUGAUCGUUUAAGGAUUGCACUUGAGAUUGCUAGAGCUCUAGCCUAUCUGCACUCGGCUACUUCAAUGCCCAUAUUUCAUAGAGAUAUCAAGUCCUCCAACAUACUUCUGGAUGAGAGCUUAAUAGCAAAGGUGUCAGAUUUUGGAGCCUCAAGGUACAUCCCAAUUGAUCAAACGGCAGUGAUGACAGCUGUUCAAGGAACACUUGGUUAUUUAGACCCCAUGUACUAUUACACAGGUCGACUAACAGACAAGAGCGAUGUUUUCAGUUUCGGCGUUCUCCUUAUAGAAUUGCUAACCAGGAAGAAACCGUAUGUGUACAGAUCAGAUAAUGAUGCCGGCCUUGUAGCACAUUUUGUCUCAUCACUCAAAAAAGGCGACCUUGCUGACAUAGUAGACCCGCAAGUCAUGGAAGAAGAAGACGAUGGAGAGCUCCAAGAAGUAGCCAUGCUAGCGGCGAUGUGCACGAGAUUGGAAGGAGAGAGCCGACCAACAAUGAAGGAAGUGGAGAUGGCCCUUGAAAAUUUGCGAGCCAGGAAGAAGCCUGCUCCAUGUAAUUCAGCAGCAAUGAGAUACGACGGCGAUCAGAUUGUUGUGCAGUAUAAUUCAAUUGAAGAUUUACUCGCCAAGAAGGAUAUGCCCGUUGAAGGGGGUGCUGAGGAAUCGAGCAGACAAUACACUAUGGAAGAGGAAAUCAUGCUGUCAGCAAGGUACCCCAGAUGA